AUGAAAACAUACGCUUUGACCAAAGUCCGGAUUGCACAGUGUCAACAGUACAACAGCUGUGAGUUGUGUCUUCGAGCAAGAAAUCCUUACUGUGGGUGGUGUUCUCUUGAGAAACGAUGUACGAUUAAGAGUGCCUGUCAGAAUGCAUCCACCAGUUUUAGUGUUAGUUCUCCGCGUUGGUUGUCACUGAACACUCAACAAUGUAUUGACGUCCAAACAGUUAAGCCUGAACAACUUCCUGUUACUGGCAUGGCCAUGGUGGAGCUAGUUAUCAACCAACUUCCAAACUUACCUUUCGGAGCACAUUAUCUGUGUGUGUUUGGGAAUAGUGCCACCAUUAAAGCUCAGGUGACAGAAACUGGAUUAGCAUGCAUGACACCAAAACCCGAGGAUCGUCCCCCCAUUUUACCAGGAAAAGAUCACAUAAUAGUAGACCUAGCUGUUCGCUCCAGUGAGACCAACACAAACUUUCUUCAUAAACCUUUUGCAUUUUAUGACUGCUCUGUUCAUGAAACGUGCUCCACUUGUGUGACUAGCUCUUGGGCUUGUAGCUGGUGUCUCCAUGAAAAUAAUUGCAUGCACAAUGCCAGUUCUUGUCUACGGACCAUAAUCACAGGAGAGAAUAAUCCACAAAACUCACUCAUCAAAGGAAGACGAUACUGUCCUAGCUUUGUCACUACUGAAGAUAUUCUUCUUCCUAAUGGCAUAAGGAAAGAGAUAGUAUUAGAAGGCAAGAACCUUCCCAGUUCACUGAUACAUCCAUUAAGUGGUCCCAUUCAAGGUGGCACCUUAAUGGCCAUUGAAGGAAGUAACCUUGGUACUAAUGAGCAAGAAAUAAGCAACAAAAUUACAAUAGGAGGAAUCCCAUGUGUUCCAGUUGAAUAUAGUGUGUCAGUAAGAGUUGUUUGUCGUACGGGUCCUAGUAAAACACCUAAAGCAGCAGAGAUAGUCGUUGGAAAUAAUGCUGGGUUUACCAAGGCUCGUGAACAAUUCUUGUACAAGGUAGUGAAGUUGAAAAGUAUCCAUCCAACUAUGGGGCCACAGGCAGGAGGAACAAGAUUAUACCUGAGUGGAGAAAACCUUAAUGCUGGAAGUCGUAUGGACAUUUACUUAGAUGAGUUGCCCUGUAUGGUUGAUAGAACAUUAGCCAGUAACAGACAGGUCAGUUGUCGGACCACAAGAGCUCAAUCUCCAGGCUACAAUGUUUCAACUCUAAUUCUUAUUAUCGACAAUGCUACUUUAACAUUAUCAAACCCAUAUAUGUAUAUGCCUGACCCAACAAUUCUCAGAAUCUAUCCCUUGAAGAGCUUUGUCAGUGGUGGACGAAGUGUCACUGUCGUAGGAACUUCUCUACAAGCUAUCCAACAACCCCGUAUGGCAAUUUUUGACAACGAAACACUCCUCAAUGAGACUGUAUGUAAAGUCAUCAGUCACUCUCUGAUGACAUGCCCCUCACCAUCUCUAAGCAGGGAUGCUGUACGAUCCCUUCUGACCAACAGUAAAAGACACGCAAGAAUCCACAUGGAAGAGCUAAAAUUCCAGAUAGGUUUCGUUAUGGAUGAUGUAACUAGUGUUAGAGACCUUCAGGCAAAGUUUCCAGCCCUUCAUUCAGACAUGGUUUAUGUACCAGACCCAAGGUUUUCUUCAUUUGGCGGGGAUGGAAUCAAAUUGUACAAAGGAGAGUCCCUAGUUAUUGAGGGAGAAAAUCUGCGUUUAGCCAGCACAGAGUCUGAGGUCAGUGUAAGUAUUGGAACCCGACCUUGUAACCUGACCUCACUAGCCAUGACACAACUUGUGUGUCUGCCUCCUGAGGACCAACCACAAGGAACAGAUGAGUUGGGACAAUCCACUGCCACGGCACUUCCCAUGGUUGUGUGGAUGACUCCAUGCAUACAGGUCCGAGUGGGUCAAAACCUGCGUUACAAGAUUGGCUACCUACAGUAUGAAGUGAUGAAAACUUACAAGUUUCCUCCUGAGGCCAUCUGGGGAAUUGCUGCUGGAGGGGCACUUCUUAUGCUCCUAAGCCUUGUUAUUUUAGCUGUCCUGAGGCACAAGAAUACCUUGGCUGAACGUGAAUACAAAAGGAUCCAGCUUCAAAUGGACACACUAGAAAACAGUAUACGAUCUGAAUGUAAACAAGCAUUUGCAGAAUUACAGACAGACAUGAUGGAUUUGACCAACUAUUUACAAGCUUCAGGUGUCCCUACGCUGGAACACAAGAAGUUUGUGAUGAAAGUGUUUUUUCCUGGCGUUCAUGAUCAUCCUUUACUGCAGGACAAGAAGACAAAGAACAAUGGACUUUACAGUAAUUAUGAACUUGCAAUGGGCCAGUUUCAACAGUUGCUCAACACUAAAGGAUUUCUCAUUACAUUCAUCAAUACACUGGAAGGUCAGAAAUCAUUCACUAUACGAGAUAGAGUAAAUGUUGCUUCAUUGCUGAUGAUUAUUUUCAUGGAAAAGAUGGAAUAUGCCACAGAGGUACUAAAAACCCUUCUUGUGCAGCUAAUUGAAAGGUCAGUCAAAACUAAGCACCCUCAACUGAUGUUGCGAAGGACAGAAUCAGUAGUAGAGAAAAUGUUGACCAACUGGAUGGCCCUCAGUAUGUAUAAUUACUUGAAGGACCAUGCAGGGAGUGCUUUGUUCUUGUUGUUUUGUGCUGUCAAGUACCAGAUAGAGAAGGGGCCUGUGGAUGCUAUUACCCAUGAUGCCAAGUAUUCGCUUUCUGAAGAAAGGUUGCUACGGGAACAAACAGAGUACUCCACAGUUACUAUUCACAUCGUACAGGAGAAUCAAGAUGAAAAAUUGCAGCUACGAGUCAAUGACUGUGAUACGAUUAGCCAAGUCAAGUUUAAAGUUUUAGAUGCCUUGUAUAAAAACACUCCCUUCUCACUUCGUCCCAUAGUGCAUGAUGUGGAUUUAGUUCUGUAUCUGCCAGAGUGGAGACCAGGAAAUGGUGGUCAGCUGACUCUAGCUGAUGAAGACUUGACCACUAAAACAGUCAGUGGCUGGAGAAGGAUUAACACACUACGACACUAUGGUGUGACUGAGUCGGCUGUGAUGAGCCUAGUCAGUAAACAGAACAGUAGUCUCAGUUCGAACAGUAAGGGCACUGGGAACUCAUCAUUGAAUUCUAUGUCACCAAUUUUUUCAAACUACGAUGUUGAACAAGGUGUUCGAUAUUGGCACUUAGUCAAGCCCAUGGACGAUCACCAUCUGACUCACAGAGAUCAAUGUCACAAAUCUAUUCCAGAAAUUUUCUUGACCAGGCUUCUGUCUACAAAAUUUGUUGAUGUGUAUUGUCUUCCGCUGAGAUUUUGGGUGAAUUUUGUGAAAAAUCCAGAUUUUGUGUUGGAUGUGCACAAAACUCCAUUAUUGGAUUCCUGUCUGUCUGUGGUAGCCCAAACUUUGAUGGAUGCAUGCUCAACAUCAGAACAUAGACUUGGGAAAGAUUCUCCUUCUAACAAACUAUUGUUUGCUCGAGAUAUCCCAGCUUACAAGAAAGUUGUGGUGAAAUAUUACCAGGAUAUAAGUGCACUGCCAGUCGUGUGUGAUCAAGAAAUGAAUGCCAGAAUGCACCACUUGUCUUCGGCCCACACAGGAGAGUUUGAUACUUUGGUCGCCCUUAAAGAAUUAUAUGUUUAUGCUGCCAAGUACAGUGCUGAGUUUCAAGAGGCUCUAGAAGAUGAUCCCUGUUGCCAACGAUCCCACUUGGCUCACAAGUUCGACACAGUUGCAUGCACUUUAGAAGGAGAAGAAACUUCUGUCUGUUGAGUAGCUCUUUAAAUGAAUGGUGCCAAAAAACUACACUUUUACAGUGCUGUUGAAGCAGAAUAACUAAUUCCAUUAUAAAUUGUUAAACGAUGGUCCAGUACUCCAAACAGGAGAGCAACGAAAUUCUCCAAGUAAAAUGCAGAUGAAAGUGUGAAUCAUUAGUGUUUUAGAAAAUGAUAGCUGCAUUCUUGGUUGUUAAAGAAAAACAUUUUGAAAACUGAAAGGAAACUUGAGUUACUGUGUUUAUGUAUGUAAUAGUUUUAUAAUUUUAAAAAGUGGGUGAUUGUGGCUAGCAUACUAUUGGUGCUUAGUCAUCAAUACCAGCUAUGCAACUUGAAGUACACACAGUUUCUGUAGGAUGAAAAAUCUUAUAUGAUUUUUAUAAAGAAUCUUGUCAUUCCAAGGACUUCGAGGAAGUUCAAGCCAAAGAUGUGAUCACCCUUGCUUGUCGUAAUAGAGAAAAUUGCUGUACUGUGUGCAACAUUUUGAAAGUACGACUUGUAAAAAGAAUAACUUUUAGACACUGUCAGUGCCUGUACAAAAAAAAAUAAAAAAUAACAGGGUUCAAAAACUUGUGUAUAGGAAAUUUUUCCAACAUCAAAGUGAAUGUUGUUGGUUGAAUUAUUGUAGUGACUUAUACUUAUAACAUAGCUGUUAUGUUAAUGCUGUUUAUAUUAUUUUCCUUCUCUACAUUGCAGCUUAAUGUAGUGGAACCUCUGAUUUUACAUUUACCUUUAUUAUUAUUAUUAUUGAAGUCAGAGUUGGUGCUUGUAUGAAGUAGAUUUGCAACCUGUGGUCAAGGGAGCUUCGUAUGACACAAAGUUGUACAGGUUAGGUUUUAUGCGUUUAAUGCUGCUGCCCGACUGUGAUAUUGUAAACUCCCUGUAAUGUAUUUAUGUUGUAUGAAACUGUUAGUUGGCAGAAGUAUGGAAAAUGUAUGUUUUCUGGUCAGUUUUAGUAUGAAUGUUUCUAAUAACCUUUUUACAAAAUUUUUUAUAAUUAUUUAAAGUAAUAAUAUGUGAAGUGCCAGUUUUUGGUAAUUUGAAGUAUGAAAAAUAAUUGUGGCAAUCAAAAUGUCGUUUUAGUAUUUCUGGAGAAAAAAAAAAGAUUAAAAACAUUUUUAAUUUCUUAAAAAUGACAGAAUUAACUUGAACUCUUGUUUUGAGUAUCUGGCAUAGUCCCAUUCUUGGUAAGAAUUUUUUUAAGUAACUUAAUAACAAGGUCCUGAAAGACAUUUUUGUUUUUAAUUAGAGUGCUAAGAAUUUUUGCCAAAAAAGUUUUACAUAACAGAAUAUUUAACUUGUCCCAAAUUGUGGGAAAGGAGUGUCAUUGUGCUUUACGGAUAUGAAAAGAAAAUUUCUUAAUUUAGUGAAGUAUAAAUGUCAUCAUUAGACACCAUCAGUGCCACAAUAAUGUAUUUGUAGUCUUAAACAGAUAUAUUAAAUGGCAUAAUAUCUAUUGGUUAAAUAAUGUGCUGUGUUGUGUAGAUGAUUGCUUUCUUUUUCUUUUAAUCCAGAAGCUUUCAAUAAAGUCCCACUCGAACGGAAAAACAUUUCUGUUCAAGUUAAUUAUUUUUGAUACAAUUUCACCCUGUACCAGCUCAGAAACUAAAUAAAGUGUUGAUAAAACAAUCAAGAUUUUGGCAUACAAUUGUGUCAUCAUGUACCAUGUUGGAAUGUGAGGUGAUAUUUUUUAGUCUAUCAUUUGAAUGUGUAUUUAUUGUUUGAUAUUAUGAGCCACCUGUAACAUAUGCAUACUAUUAUUGUAUUUGGAGCAAAGCCACAUAUAUUGCAUUUCAUACUUAAAGGAAAUUUAUAUUGCUACCAGAAUUUUGGGGUAGCUUUAAGCUAAUUAACGACCUUAUUAAUUGUAUGGAUAGCUGUUGCUUUCCACAAACAAAUGUCUAUUUCAAUUAAAGUUUUACCACUUAUUGAUUUAAAAACUAGUUACAUCAGAAGAAAGCUUAGCCUUAUUUCUGUCAGAUUGCUUAUUUUUGUCGAGACACCUUUUAUAAAGGUACGAGAUAUAUAUCAGAUAUUUCAGUGCCCCCCCCCAAAAAAAUGUAGAGUUCAAAAUUUUUUACUGCAUUCUCUUUUCAAAAAUGGUAAGUUGGGUAGUUUGUCUUCAGUUCAUAAAGUUAAUAGUAAAUUUUGGGAUCUGUAUUAGAAAAUAUUGCUCUUUCAAAUAAUACAUUAAGAACUUGUGUCAUUAAGAAUAUUGGUAAUCAUUUUAAAUGUCAUUUUAUUUUGCAAAAGCAAGUUCUUUAAUAUUCCAUAUGCACUGUACAAAGACAAAAAGAUAGCCAUGUGAAAUAACUCAUUGUAAACAUAUUUUUAAAGGGAUUUUUGCUAAAUGGGAUGCUUUAUUCCAUAUGGACCUUUUUGGGUUUGGUUUUUAGUUGUUGUGUUCUAACAUUUAAAUUUUGCACCACCAUGGUCCAAUGCAGUGUUGAUAGUGGGAAAUUUAAACUUGGGACGGUACU